GUGCACCAUUCUGAUUCCAGAGUGACCUAUCAAUAUGCGGCUGUUGCGCGCGUCGACUCUGCUGAGGCGGGUGACCUUCCAGCCGCGGCGGGCAUAUGCCGUCGCACCGACAAAGGAGUUCAAGAAGGUAAUGGUAGCGAAUCGAGGAGAGAUUUCCAUCCGAGUUUUCCGUGCCCUCAAUGAACUGAAUAUGACAUCGGUGGCCAUCUACAGUGAGCAGGACAAACACUCGCUUCAUCGACUGAAGGCCGAUGAGGCCUACAUGAUUGGUAAAGGACUUCCACCUGUGGCUGCCUAUCUAGCCAUUGAUCAGAUUAUCGACACCGCUCUCAAACACGAUGUUGAUGCCAUCCAUCCUGGCUACGGUUUCCUUUCCGAGCGUUCGGACUUUGCCAGGGCUUGCUUCGACGCUGGCAUCACUUUCAUUGGACCCAGCGCUGACGUCAUGGCACGAAUGGGUGACAAGGUUGCUCACGUUGCUGCCAGACAAGCUGCCAUCGAAGCUGGAGUCCAAGUUGUACCCGGAACGCCUGGUCCCAUCACUAAAGUGGAGGAGGCUUUGGCAUUUGCCAAGCAAUAUGGGACCCCGAUCAUUCUCAAAGCCGCCUAUGGUGGUGGUGGUCGUGGGAUGCGACGUGUAGACAACAUCGAUACACUGAAAGACAAUUUCCAACGAGCCUUUUCGGAAGCACAGGCUGCAUUUGGUGAUGGUUCAUUGUUCGUUGAGAAGUUUAUCGAAAGACCAAGGCAUAUCGAAGUGCAGCUGCUAGGAGACAACCAUGGUAACCUCAUCCAUCUCUGUGAACGUGAUUGCUCUGUGCAACGACGUCAUCAGAAGGUCAUUGAAAUCGCACCGGCCCCAGCGUUGGAUCCGAAGAUUAGAACAAAGAUUCUUGAUGAUGCCGUACGACUAGCGAAACAUGUGGGCUAUAACAAUGCAGGUACCUGCGAGUUCCUGGUAGAUAAGAAAGGAAACUACUACUUUAUCGAAGUGAAUGCACGUUUACAAGUGGAACACACGGUUUCUGAAGAAAUCACAGGUGUUGACUUGGUGCAAGCUCAGUUGCGUAUUGCUGAAGGUAAAACGCUUGGGGAUCUGAAGCUGACUCAGGAUGCUAUUAAACCACACGGUGCUGCUAUACAGUGCCGAGUAACUACAGAAGAUCCCGCUCGAGGCUUCCAACCCGAUUCUGGAAGAAUUGAGGUGUUCCGAUCUGGUGAAGGUAUGGGUAUCCGUCUUGAUUCAGCAUCAGCAUUCGCCGGUUCUGUGAUCUCGCCAUUCUAUGAUUCUCUUCUUGUUAAGGUUAUCGCAUCAGCUCGAAACCAUCCCAAUGCUUGCGCAAAGAUGAUCCGAGCCCUUAAAGAGUUCCGAAUUCGUGGAGUCAAGACCAACAUUCCUUUUCUACUCAACGUGCUCACUCAAAAACAAUUCCACGAUGCUGCUGUUGACACCUACUUCAUCGAUGAACAUCCUGAACUGUUUGAGUUCAAGCCAAGCCAAAACCGUGCGCAGAAGUUGCUCAAUUACUUAGGAGAAGUGCAGGUCAAUGGACCAACAACACCACUUGCCACUGAUCUAAAGCCAGCCUACGUCGAUCCGCCAGUUCCACCAGUUCAUCCAGGAUAUGUGAAGACUCGAGAAGAAAUAAACACACCUCCACCAAAAGGACUGCGUGAUGUGCUGGUCAAGGAAGGCCCAGAGGCGUUCGCUAGGGCUGUUCGCAAGAGGCCCGGCUGCAUGAUUACCGAUACCACCUUCCGUGAUGCCCACCAAUCACUGCUUGCUACUCGUGUUCGAACGUACGAUCUCGCAAAAAUCGCACCAUUCGUUAGUCACACAUUCCCGCAGCUCUACUCUAUCGAAAACUGGGGAGGAGCCACCUUUGAUGUUGCUAUGCGAUUCUUGCAUGAAUGCCCAUGGGAACGUCUUGAGCUGCUACGAAAACUCAUACCAAACAUUCCAUUCCAAAUGUUGCUUCGAGGAGCCAACGCUGUUGGAUACAGUAACUAUCCCGACAAUGUUGUUUUCAAAUUCUGUGAACAAGCAGUGAAAUCAGGAAUGGACGUUUUCCGUGUGUUUGAUUCCCUGAACUACUUCCCCAACUUAAUUGUAGGUAUGGAAGCGGCUGGCAAAGCUGGUGGUGUGGUCGAAGCCGCAAUUUCUUACAGCGGUGAUGUGUCCGACAAGAGCAGAGCACAAUACAAUCUACAAUACUACCUUGACUUUGCCGAACAACUUGUCAAAGCUGGCACGCAUAUUUUGGCAAUCAAAGAUAUGGCUGGUGUAAUCAAGCCCCAAGCAGCCAAACUGUUGGUAACGGCACUGAGAGACAAGUUCCCUGACAUUCCCAUCCACAUCCAUACUCACGAUACGGCUGGAGCCGGUGUGGCAUCGAUGAUCGAAUGCGCUAAGGCUGGUGCUGAUGUCGUUGAUGCAGCUGUCGACAGUAUGAGUGGAAUGACCAGUCAGCCAAGUAUGGGAGCCAUUGUGGCAUCACUCCAAGGAAGCGAACUUGACACAGGAUUGAAUCUGGACGACAUUUCCAAAUAUUCCGGCUAUUGGGAAUCGGCUCGACGACUAUACGGUCCAUUCGAGUGUGCUGUGACUAUGAAGAGCGGUAACGCUGACGUCUACAAGCAUGAGAUUCCUGGAGGACAAUAUACCAACUUGCAAUUCCAGUCAUUCUCUCUUGGUCUUGGCAACCAGUUCAACGACGUGAAACGCAUGUAUCGUGAAGCCAACUUGGCUUUGGGUGACAUUAUCAAGGUUACUCCAUCAUCGAAGGUUGUCGGAGAUUUGGCUCAGUUCAUGGUGCAGAAUAACCUAACUCGUGAGUCUCUGGUGGAACGCGCGGAUGACUUGUCCUUCCCAGCUAGUGUCGUCGGGUAUAUGCAGGGUAACAUUGGUCAACCUCCCUAUGGCUUCCCAGAACCACUAAGAACGAAAGUUUUGCGUGGAAAACCGAAAGCGAAGGGACGAAUGGGAGAAGACAUUCCACCUAUGGACUUCGAGAAGGUGAGGAAGGAACUGGAAGAGAAGCAUGGCAGACCAAUGAAAGAUCAAGACCUGAUGUCACAUGCAAUGUAUCCAGCAGUCUUUGACGAAUUCGAGCGAUUCCGUCAACAAUACGGACCUGUGGACAAGCUGCCUACGAGAGUAUUCCUUACCGGUUUGGAUAUCGCUGAGGAACUCGAUGUUGAGAUCGAAGAAGGAAAAACUCUUGCCAUCCAACUUCUUGCUGAAGGAAAGCUUACUGGUAAAGGAGAGCGCGAAGUAUUCUUCUAUCUGAACGGUCAAAUGAGAAGUAUAUUCAUCCAAGAUAAGGAAGCCUCCAAGACCAUCGUCACACGAGCGAAAGCUUUGCCAGGAGUGCGUGGAUCCAUUGGCGCACCUAUGCCUGGUGAAAUUCUAGAACUCAAAGUCAAGGAAGGAGACAAGGUCACGCCAAAACAACCUCUAUUCGUACUGUCCGCUAUGAAGAUGGAGAUGGUGAUUGACACGCCGAUUGCUGGUACCGUAAAACGCAUCCACCUCCCCGAAAAGACGAAGUGCCAAGCUGGCGAUCUUGUCGUUGAAAUUGAGCCAUAGAUAGGAUAGAUUUAUUCACAUUUGCCAUAUGCUUCACUUGAUUCGUUGCGGUGUUUGCGGAUUAGCUGCCACACACCAACGCUCCUUGCCUUUGAAAUUCUGGCAUUCUCGACGCCUCUAACCUCAAUCGCAUUUCAGUCGUUGUGAUAUGUAAAUAGGGUCUCCUAGAUAGUAGCUGUAGAGUUAUAAUCGUGCCUUUUUCUUAUAUCUGUACAGGGUUGUCAAUGCUCAUAUGUUUUAGUUUCGAUAUGAUAGUAAUUAUCUGUCGACAAGCCCAAAUGGGUGUCUUAUUUUACUGAUAGCAUAAAAAAUUUUG